GACCGCGUGCUUCUUGACGACGUGGAGGAGCCAUUGGAAACGAAAAUCAUUCGUCGGUCCGAUCAAAUUCAUCACGUGUGACCGUCCAGCCGGUCAUCGUGUCCUCCCAGCGCCCAAUAUGGGCCGCUCAUUCCGCCCCGCGCGCGUCUACCAAACAGCCAAGACCAGCCUCGCCCACCCGCGAAAGAGCAGGGGCGAGGUGGUGGUGCCGCCGGUCUGGCUGAAGGUCAUCGAGAAGAUACCGCCGUCCGAAAUCUUGACACGCCCAAAACCCACCCCUCACCGCGAACCGGACGCCAGGCAGCGCAGGCCAAAGAAUCUGUUCAAACCGCAGCGGAUCAGCUUCCCUGAGGAUGAGCUGCGACGGACUUUUUUCAAGGACCACCCGUGGGAGCUAGCACGCCCCAGGAUCGCUGUCGAGUAUGAUGGCAAGGACGCAAGACAUGUCAAUUGGGAGAGAGGGCUGGCACAGCCGGGGAUGCAGGUCACUGGUGAAUCUGUUAUCCAGCGACAGCUAUGGUUGAUGCAACAUGGUCUCCCCGAACGGGUACAGAACGAGGCGACAGGGGACUUUGAGGUGGUCUACACGCCAGCGACAAAGGAGCAGGCUU